GAAAUGGCUUCUCAAGAAAAUAGCAGAAAAGAUCUAAGAUCCCCUGUGUCUAGAUUCUAUAUGGGUUCUCAAGCAAGUCUGCUAAAUUCCCCUUCGCUUAGAAUAUCAAGAGCAAUAAGCACUCCUAAAUCAAUAAACAUUAAAAAUGCAUCGAAAAGGAGUGAAAUGGAGCUGUUUUGGAUGAGCAACAUAGGCAGUAAUUUUGGAGAGGCGCUUGUAGAUCUCAUGUACGACAGUAAAGAAGGUAGAUUAGGCUUAGAAGAAAUUGAAUCAAAAGGUAGUGUACCACUUUUGAGCAGAGCAAGUACUCCUUCUUGAAGCACUUCCAAAGAAUAUAGGAGACUGUCUCGUGGCUGUCUAAAUAUGAUCUCUAACUAUGUCAAUACUAUCUUAGGGAAUAAACUCGAAAAUAGUGUCAAAGUAUCUUGAGAUAGUAAUAAUUCUCAACAGCUUUGUAGCCAGAAAAAUAAUUGAACUGACUUAAUGCUCACAAAAAGCAUUUUACUCAAAAGUCAGGAUAUUUCAAAAUAAAGCUAGAGAGCUUCUGAAAGAUGACAGUAGGUUUAUACAAGAACAAGUAAACUCAUAUUUUGUGGCUUUUGAAGAAAUGAUGAAUGGUUCAACAAAGGCUCGACCAGAGGAGACUAAAACCAUUCAGGGUAUUUCUAAUGAUUCUGAACCUAAGACACUUUCGCAUAAAACUCCAUCCCUAAAGUCAAAUUGUGAUGAGGAACAGCAAAUAGCCCGCUCUAGCUUUAGUAGUACUUCUGAGAAAUUCAGAAAUCUGCCUAGUGGAGAUAUGAAUUUGAUAAAACAAAAAGUGAAAGAAUAUUAUGAGUGAUAUGAUCCAAGAUGCUCUUUUCCAAGCGACAGUAGUACUUCUGAGAAAUUCAGAAACCUGCCUAGUGGAGAUCUGAAUUUGAUAAAACAAAAAGUGCAAGAAUAUUACGAUUGAUACAACCUAAGAUGCUCUUUUCAGAGCGACAGUAGCACUUCUGAGAAAUUCAGAAAUCUGCCUAACGAAGAUCAGAAUUUCAUAAAACAAAAAGUACAAGAAUAUUAUGAUUGAUAUAACCCGAAUUGCUCUCCUCGAAGUAACAGCAGUACUUCUGAGAAAGUGAACAAUCUAAACUCCUCAGACUGGAGCAUGAUUCGAGAAGUAGUGAAAGACUACCUUUCAGCGAGCAUUUCUAAUUAUAGCCUUGAUAAAAUACGAAAUUCUUCUUGUUUGAUUUGAGACCGUGAUGCAAAGAUUGAGGAAGAAGAUAGUGAUCCUGAAAACCAACUAACCUCUCAAAUGCAGUCACAGAUCAAAGAUUACCUCGAAGCAAUCUUGGUCAAGGCUGAAAAUAAUAUUCUUCGAGAACUAAGAGAAGAAGAGAAAGAUGGUUUCAUAGAUAGAAAUUUCCAGAGCAACGAACAACUCAAAGGUUCACAAAAGCUUAGUGUAACAAUUAACACUGAGAGAAACCGAGAACAAAGAGAAGUUGAUAUUACUAAAGCUGGGUCAAAAGAUGAGGCUAGUGAUGAGCCAAGCCAGGAACAGCCAGAAAACAGAGACUUGAGCGAAGCUUCACAGAGUGAACAAAAAGAGGAAUUUAUUCAGAGUGCAAUUAAAGAGAUUGAAACACCCUUAGGUGAUAAUCAAAGUGAAUCUAGUAAGAAGACCAGUAAUGAAGAAUUUGAAAAUAAGGAAGAAAAUUUUCAAGAAGAAAUAAAAGAACAGAUCUCACCAAAAACUUCUGAACUCUCACCUAAGAGCUUAAAAGGCCAGUCAAACACUGAUCUAGAUGAAAAUGAUGAAGAGAUUGAAGAAGAAAAAUUGACAACUGGACAGAAAGUUGCUCAAGAACAAGAAACUCCUGAAGAAAUACAGGAAAAACUUCCUAAUAAUAAUACUUUUGUUCCACAGAAAGAAAUCUUUACAGAUAAUAAAGAUGAUAAUCUUACUCCUAAAGUGAGAAGAUCUCAAGAUACUUCUAAUUUAAGUUUGACAGAGAGUGAGAAAAAGAUCGCUCACUCUUACAUUGAUGAGCUUACCAAUAAAUCAGUCAUGGUGUGCAAUACUAAAGAAAAGACUGGGGUUCCACUUAUAAUAGGAGAUAACAUAGAAGAAUUCUUUGAAGAUGACACUCCUCCAGCUCAAAAUGCUGCCAUGCCUCCUCAAUUUUAUAUGAAGAAUAAAUAAAAAAUCUUCUAUUUUCGAACACAGACAACAAAGUCUGAUGAAAGUAAAUCAAAAGAGAAUGAGCAAUCUUUCUCACAUAAGACGAAUUAAUAACGGAAUUACUCAAAUAAAGCUUAAGGCAAACCCUGGAAGUAAAAUGAGUAACUUCCAGGCAAAGGUCCAAAUUCCUCGUUCUGGGGCUAUGAGUCCGCAAUCAAACAUCGAAAGCGUUAAAAGAGCAUAUUCUCGAAAUAUAAUGCAUAGUAGAACUAAUCCAAAUAAAUCAAAAAGGAUAUUUAGAAUAUCUAAAAGAGGGAGGCAAGUUAAGCUUAAUGGAGAGCUUUCUCAAAAAUCACGAAUGAAUCCUGCUUCUUUAUCUCCAUUACAAAAAUUUGGGCAAUCUCAAGUUGAGCAACAGAAUUCUUAUAUUGACUUUAACCAUCCUGAAAAAUAUAUUCCUAAAAAUAAAACUAUCGAUGAAGGAGAUAGAGCUGAGUUCUCUCCUCAGGGAUCUUUCAUGCCAGCCUCAAAUAAUAGGUAUAUAAAGAUCUAUUCUCAGACUAUGAAGAAAGAAAUGCAAAUACUCAGAGACUUUAGAGUUAACAUGAUGAAUAAGAGAAUGCAGUUCCAGAGGACUGCAAAAUCCCCUCCAAGUCGACUUCCAAGACUCUUGCUCUAGAGAGAGAAGUCUGAUAAACUUUAGUAAAAUUUUAAGACCU